AGAUAUUCCAUCUUCAUGGGCAAGGAUGUGGCCAGGUUGAGGCUCCGCAAAUUGAGGCUCUGUUGCUCUGGUUGAGUACGCCGACCUGAACCUUACUGAGUUAAAUAUGUCACUCCUUUGCGGUCUGAACUGGACUUCCUAAACGCCAUUGAAACUCUCCAUUGCCACUCAAAACCUGAAAAGGGAAAAACAGCUCAUCUAGGGUUACUCGCUCCUGCUGCAACAGCGACUAUAACAAUCGUCAGCGGCUGGUACCAGCCCUCUCUCACAAUGGCCACCAAAUACACCAGGCCAGAUGGCGGGUUCAAGUCAGUCAAGUCCAUCACUGACAUCAACACCAAGACCCUGCAACUUGCCUAUCCCGCCGCCAGGGACAUCGCCAAGGAGCUUGACGGAUAUGCCUUGGAAUAUAUAAAGCAGGCAAAGGCUCGGAUCGACGAGCUGGUCGUGGUCGCUCAACACCUGAGGUGGGAGAACGAGAAGCUCAAGAGCGAGGCCGAAGAGGCGCGCGUAGGAACCGAGGAGGCCGUCCAGACCAUCCAUAAGUUCUUGAUGGGCGGUGACCUAGAAAACCUGCGGGAUUAUCGGAAGGGCGAGGAGAUCCAGGCAGUGGAGAACACCGCGACUGGAGGCACUGCAGCUGGCGACAAUCCGGCUGGAGACGAUGCGGUUGGGAAGGAUGCAGCUAUGAACGGUAUGACUGGGGACGAUAAGGCAGAGGAUGAUCCGACUGGGGAGAAUCCAAGUUGGCAAUGAUCCAGCUAGAGAUGGCAACCGAAAAGCCAGGCACUUCACCACCGCCAUCCGGCAAUCCGGGAAACUCACAUGUACUUGAACAACCUCCAACAACCCCUUAGAUAGGUAGCUUUCGCCUUCAUUUCUACGGUCCGGCGUCUUUUAUUCUCGUAUCCUAGUCCAGUUUUACCGUUUCACGUCUUGUUUUAAUACUCUCCAUCCGCCUUCUACUCCAUGAA